AUGGACGAGAACGGAUCUGUCGAGAAACUCCAGGAGAUCGUGCGGGCCGUGAAGGCAAAAGCCCCGCUGGUGCAAUGCCUCACAAACUUCGUGUCCAUGGACUUCAUGGCCAACGGUCUCCUCGCCCUCGGGGCCUCACCUGCCAUGGUCCAUGCGGUGGAGGAGCUCGAGCCAGCAAUCGAUGUCGUUGCGGCGAUAAAGGGCGCAGUCUCUAUCAACAUUGGAACGCUGGAUCCAACUUGGAUAGAGUCCUUCAAGUUUGCAGCAAGGACUUGUAAGGCCAAGGGCGUGCCGUGGGUCCUGGACCCCGUGGCUGCAGGAUUCACACCCCUCAGGACCACCACGGCCACGGAGCUCCUGGACAUCGGAGGGUGCUCGGUGCUUCGUGGCAACGCCUCGGAGAUCCUAGCCGUCGCUGGUGCAGUCGGAGACACCAAGGGUGUGGACUCCUCGCAAGGCUCGGGUGCCGCUCUGAAGGCUGCCAAGAGCUUGGCGGCCAAGUACAACUGUGUCGUCUGCAUCUCCGGUGCCGUUGACUUUGUGGUCAAUCCCACCGGACAAGUCUCGAGUUGCGAGCAUGGGGUAGAGAUGCUGACGAAGAUCACGGCCGCCGGCUGCCUCGUCUCUUCGAUAAUCGCAGCCUUUCUGGCGGCCAAGCCAAGCGGCUUUUCCGAUGCGGAGGCAGCUCUGUACGCGUUCAUCUACUUUGGCAUUUGCUCAGAGGCUGCUUGCCUGCAAGAGCCAGAAGUGCCUGAAAUGUGCGCGGAGUGCUUGACCAACUCUACAAUUUUGACCUGGAGCAGUUGGGUGACGAUGAUUGAGGCGCUCUGGCGAGGAGAAGUCCAGGACUCCUGGUGGGCAAAGUGCCUGUUGAUAGUGGACUCGAUCCAAGCGCUGAAAGCUCUGAGUCACUUCGUGUUCUUCGUUCAAUCCUUCCUGGCGCAGGCUCUCACACCGUUGAAAUUCCUGGCAUCUCGUCCUCCAUGUACCACGCCUCUGCAGACGAUGUGGGAAUCGGGCUCAGAUUUGAACAUGCGCUUGGACACCGAAGGGAUGCAGAUUCUCUGCCUCGCAGAGGCCGAGCAGCGCAGCUUAGGCGUUGCCCAGAGUUGCAUCGGGCCCUUCGAGUUGGAUCCCAUCACUCGGAUGAGCCUGGAGAACAUCGUUUCCUCCGGGGCGAGCCGCUUUCCCGUGCGACACUUCAGGGACCAGAACGAUCCGCAUCCGCGCGAUCUGCAGAUCCAUGUGACGCAGGACCACGUGAAAGUCGUGCAUCCCGGAGCCGAGAGAGGAAGCAACGAGGUCAUGGCACCUUAUUCUGCCGACUUUCCCAAGGUGAUCAUCCACCCAACCGACACCUGCAAGUUCCGGCUGGAGCUCAGCGAAGAGCAGGACAAAGUCUUCCACUUCGUGGCCUUGUCCAGGACGUCUCGGGAUCUGAUCGCGCUGCUCAUCAGAACGUUUCAUGCUCGCCAGUAUGUGGCGACGUCCUUCGUGCUGAGUAGGCUUUAUCAAGAUCCAGCACGGCCGGGAGCUCCGUUGACAACGGCACUCUUGCAGGACUUCGACCUGCAGCGGCUUGGGGACCGGCUCGGGAAGGAGCUGGACCGAACUGUCGGGCAGCUGGAAGCAGUCGAGAGGGUGGUCCGCACCUCUAACAACGAGAAGAGGGAGCUGCAGGCUCAGCUGUCCGAGACCAUCGGAAGCUACACGGAGGCUAUCGAGCAACUCCACCAGCAGCUGGCGCCGGCUGCCAAGGGUGGAAUGGUAGCUGCUCUGCAGCUUCAGAUCCACGACGGCCGCGCCUUGCACAGCAAGCUACAGCUGGAACUCCAGGAGCUGAGGCAGCGGCUAGAUGAAGAGCAGCGAGCAACAGGCCCCUAUGGCAGCGACGGCCCGGCUGCGCAGAUGCGGGCACGGACUGUGGAGACCUAUCGGGCUGAGAUCGCGAAGCUGCGGGCACAAAUCAGUGCACUCGCAGGGAGCGAGAAGCAGCACUCCGAGCGGGACUCCACGCGGGCCGAGGAGCUCCGAAGGUUGCGCGGCGACGUCGACAGCCUCAGCCGCGAAAAAGAGGGCCUGGAACGCAUGGUCGCAGAGGGUGGCAAGUCCAAAGACGAGCUGAUCGAGAAUUUCUUGUAUGCCAAGGGCUGCCUCGACAAGCUGCAGAUUGCCUCCAUCACCUCGCCGGCCUGCUCUCCAGAACACGAGCGGCAGGUGGCGCAACUGCGGGAGACAUACAACCAGGUGGUGGAUGAACGAAACCGGCUGAUGGUCCGGGUCGAGGCUCUGGACAAAGACCGGGAGAAGCAGAAGCAGUUUCGGGAGUCCACCCUUGAGAAGGCGACGCAGGCGAACGCCAGGUUGCUGGAAGAGCGGGACAAGCUGGAGAAGGAGAAGGCACGAGUUUCGACUCUCUACCAGCAGACCAUGGCCAUGCUCGCCCAUUCUGCUGCAAAUGCGGAUUACGAGGAAGAGGACGAAGCCGUGCUCCAGGCUUUGCGAGAAGAGGUGGCGAAGAAGCGCGAGCUCCUUCAGAAGAAGGAGCAAGAAGGGGAGUCGCUGCGCCAGCGUCUCAAGAAGCUCGCAAUGGUCGGCUGGCCAAUUUGUGUAGAUGCCUUCAGCCCUGAAGGCCGCUCCCGUUCAAAGUGCGACUUCCUCAUUCACCCCGUUCUCUGCCUGAUCAUCUUCACCUUCUUCGUCAUCAAGACGGCUUAUCGCAUCACUCCAACCUUCACAAGGCUCCAGUCCACAGUGUGGCGAUGCGAGGACUCAACGAAGGUUGUGACGGCAUCCUGGGAUGCCACGGUCCAUGUCUUCGACCUCAACAAGCAAGCCCUCGACAAGACUUUGCGCAAACAGAAUAGCGAACCCAUGGGGGGCCUCUACUCCGUGGCUUUUGCGAAGACGGCGCCGGACAUCUUGGGUUGUACGUCCGUGGACAAGCAUGUCUAUUUGUGGAACUACCAGACAGGCACGCAGCAGUUCAAGCUGGGCGGUGAGAAGGGGCACCAGGACGAGGUCAAUGGAAUCGACUUCCACGAGGGUCAGCAG